GCCACCUCUCUCCCCAUUUUCCCGCCACCGCCCUUUCUAUCUCUCUCUCUCUCUCUCUCUCUCUCCGCUUUGGUCGAUCACCGCUCACCAAAAUUCUAGGGUUAGGGUUUCCAUUUCGAUUGCGAGCACGAAAAUGUUCUCCUCACAGCUCGAUUCCGGCGCCUUCGCCUCCUCCCAAUCGACCCAAAAUCCUGAUUCCUCCUCCUCCAAGAAUCGCGGCGCUACGCCUCGGCCUCCGGUGACGUUGAAGCGGCUAAUCGAGGCGUAUCAAUCUAGCGACGACAAAUCGAGCGUUGUUGUUGAUGGGAUCAAUGCUACGAACUUUAGGAUUGUGGGGCUUGUAAUGAACAAGAGGGAGCGGGCCACGGACGUUACAUUCACCAUCGACGAUGGCACCGGCCGGAUGGAUUUUCUUAGAUGGGUGAAUGAUGCUUCGGAUACGAACGAAACAGCUAUUAUUCAGAAUGGGAUGUAUGUCAAUGUAAUCGGUAGCAUCACGGGGUUUCAGGAGAGGAAGCGUGCUUCCGCCUUCUCUGUUCGGCCUGUCAUUGACUAUAACCAGGUUGCGCUCCAUUUCAUUGAGUGCAUUUACAUGCAUCUGAAGAACGCCAAAUCAGAGGUUGGUAGCUCCGCUUCAACCUCGUCAACUUUAGUCACUGGAACCCCUCUCUCGAAUGGCUUAAAAGAGCUCCAUUCUCAAGUUUCCAAUCAAGUGUCAGGACAAAGCGGAGUAAGUGGAUCCGAGACUGACAUCUACAAACUGGUGUUAGAUGUUUUCCAAGAACCAGCAAGCCUCGCCAACGAGCAUGGAUUGCAUGUAGACGAAGUCGUCAGACGACUAGGGCUACCGUCCAACAAGAUCAAGGAAGCGAUUGAUUAUCACGUAGAUGUGGGCCAUAUAUAUUCGACGAUAGAUGACUAUCACUUCAAAUCCGCACUCAUCGACUGAUCAGCUGCGAAGUAGGAAGGAAAAUGUGAGGGCCAUAGAGAUAAUGCAGAGUAGUCAGGCUAGUAUCUGAAUGUUCAAAUUGCUUUUGGAGGACUCUGUUGAACUCAAAAAAUAUAUAUAUCUUGCUUCUUGGUUUGUAUUAUGUAAAUGCAUGCGAUUUUCAAGCACUAUUUGUCGCGCAAAAAAAUCGCUUGUUUUUAUCCCUCGCAUCUUUCAUUUGCAGUGAAUUGGUGCUUACAUGCUUUGCUUAGGUGUAUUAUAAUGACAGCUUAGACCCUGAACUUUUUUGUAUCAUUUGCGAAGC